CUCGCGCAUCUCGCCGUGCAGUCAGUCAGUCAGUCAGUCCAACAACUUUUCCGCGGAAAAGCGGAAAUUUUCUCCUGCGACAGCAGCAGCAGCGACCCAAGUGCAGUGAAAGUCAUCCCAAUCACUAUUUUAUCCAUUCCUACGGCGUGUUAAUAACCCCCUCUAUUAUACAUGAAACUCAUAACCAGUAACAGUGUUUAGAAAGAGAGAGAGACCCUUGCGCCAUUGUGAAUACCAUCGUGUGUGUGUUUCUUCGCUUCUUAGAAUCCCGUUUUUUGGUGCACGCAACACGCGCCUAACAUCGUUUCGAAUACCUUAGCAUUUGUGUGUGUGUGUGUCUGUUAAACGUGUAUGUGGUCCGUUUGUACAUAAAAGUGGGCAGUAAAAAAAAGCAAAAAAAAAAUGGGUGGCAAGUCCUCCCCACGCACGCCAGGUGUUGGUGUCUGUGCCGUGCCAAUGAAGCCAAUAUUCUGCUAGUGCGUGAUCGUGUUGAAAAGCAAAGGGUGGUUCAAAUAUAGAAAUAAACAAGCGCAAACGUACGUUUGAAAAAGGGCCAGCACAGGAAGAACCCGCUGUGCAACACACACUACUUCCUCCACAAGAGUUCGAGGAGUAGGAGGAGGCCGUUGCGCAACCCGCGUUGAUAUCCCGUGUGUGUGCGAGCGCGCCCGCUUCAUCUCCCGCUACCCGGAGUAACCGGAAACCGAUCGAGCGUCGCGUCAAAUACGAGAGAUGCAGCGAUCGUCCCGCGCGCCCGAUCGUAGCAGCAACAGCAGCAAGAUCAUCGUUCCCGUAGCCGUCGCCGCAUCAACGUCAUUGGCGUGUCGUCUGUGGUUUGGCGCGAGUAGACCGUCGCCGCGGAUGGUGGUUGACACCUGUGACGACGACGCCGCCGCCGCCGCCGCCGCCGCCGCCGCCGCCGCCGCCCGGCCGUCAUCGAUCGUUGGUGGCCGCGGUGACGAGGAUGGUAUGGAUCGUACCGACCGCCAGCCCCCGUUCCUCUCUUUCACCGGUCGCUAGCGCACCGGAUCGACAAGGCAAGGGGUGGAGAAUCCGAUCGAAACGGUAAUCAAAACGCGUCUAAACAGCAGAGAAAUCGAUCGUACGCCAUCGGCGUGCGCAGCUUCGCUUGUUGACCAUCGUUAUCAUCAGCGUUUGCGGACCGGGCAGACCGGGAAAGUGAUAGUGAAUUGUUGUGCAUCUAGCGGUCAAUCUUUUUGAACGAAAAAAGAAGAAAAAAAUAAGUAAAACAAAAAUAAGCAAAAGGUUCAGUGGAGCAGAUAGAACCGCAUUAGUGAAAACACGUGCCGCGAGAGCAUUAUUAACGAGUACCGGAAGAAGUUACUCUUAUAUACAUCGUGUGAAUGUGAGUGAGUGUGUGCGUGUGUACAGUGAACGUAAAUAAAUAUUGUGUACAGUGAAGUUAAAUCAUACCGAGGUCCGGGCACCUCGCUUUGAAUCUGUCGUAGCAGUGGCACGACACACGACCAAAACCCCCACCACAAAGUGAUAACACAAGCAGCGAUCAACGAAAAACACCAACAGAGAAACACCCCGUUCUAUACACAUUUAUUUGCAUUUUUCCGCGACCGAGGGUGACUCAUCGAGAGAACGGGAGACGGAGCCGCAGUGGGCCAAGGAGCUCAUUAAUUAAAAGCCUCUGGAAGAGAUAAGGCCAGGUCAGAGCGCAACUCCACAACCACAAUUCAGCAACCAUGGAUGGGGUGAGGGCGCUGGACAUCUUGCCGCUGCUGAACGAACGGUUCGCCCUGCUGUCCGGCGGGCGGGACAAUCGCGGCGGUCCGAUCAUCUGCUUCCCGGCCACGACCAAGCGCGAGCGGAUCAAGCCGGAAGACAUCAAGCGGGUCGUCAGCUACUUCAUCAACAUACCUAGCGAUGAAAGCAAAAGCCACGGCUUCACCAUCAUCGUGGACAUGCGGGGCAACGGCAAUACGGCGGCAAGCGCCAAGAUGAUACUGAAGGUGCUGCAGGAGAACUUCGGCACGGACGUCAUCCACCAGGCGGUCAUCAUCAAGCCGGACAACUUCUGGCACAAGCAGCGCUCGUCGAUUGCCAGCAACAAGUACAAGUUCGAGACGACGACGAUAUCGAUCCAGUCGCUCGGCAAGCUGGUCGAGCCGUCCCAGCUGACGUCCGACUUCGAGGGCUUCCUGCACUACGACCACGCGGUGUGGAUCGAUCUGCGCGUCGCGUUCGAGGACUUCCUGUGGCAGGCGAGCGACAUCCUCGACCGGAUCGACGAUCUGCAGGAGGACCUGACGCACUCGGAGUGCCCGGAGGACGUGAACGGGGCGAAGCACAGCAUCGAUGCGCACAACGAGAUGAAGCGCAAGAUACUGAAGCUGCCGAUCGAGGACCUGGACCUGCAGGGGCAGAAGCUGCUCGGCAAGCUGACGACCUACUCGAACCGGAACGAUGACGGGUGCCAUUCGGCCCCGCUGCCCACCAACUGCAUCAAUCCGGACGUCACGUCGGCAAUGAAUCAGGUCCUGCAGCAGCUCGAAACGACGCGCAACGCCCAGCAGCAGCUGCUGAAUCUGUGGCAGCACCGCAAAACGAAGCUCGACCAGUGCUUCCAGCUGCGCCUGUUCGAGCAGGACUGCGAGAAGAUGUUCGACUGGAUCCUGCACAACCGGGACGUGUUUCAGGAGACGUACGUCGAGAUCGGGCAUAACUACGCGAUCGCGAAGAACCUGCAGGAGGAGCACCAGCGCUUUGCCAUAACGUCGCGCAACGUGUGCGUCAACAUCAACCGAAUACUGGCGGUGGCGGCCCGGCUGUACGAGGGCAACCACUACGCGGCGGCCCACAUCCGCACGCUCGCGGCCCGGUUGGACAAAACGUGGAAAGACUUCGUCACCACGCUGGACGAGCGGACGGCCGUGCUGACGCUGUCGGUCGUGUUCCACCACAAGGCGGAGCAGUACACCGAGAGCGUCAGUAGCUGGGCGGCGGCCUGCGAGGCCACCAUACCGACGCCGACGAAUGUGGAAAGCCUGGAGACGGCCAUCGGGACGCACCAGUCGCUGUACGAGGCGAUGUGCCAGGCGUACACGGAGGUGCACUCGACUAGCAAAAAGCUGCUCUACCAGCUCGACCAUCUGGUGCAGGUUUGCAAUCAGCCACCGAUUGUGAACACACGGAAAAAUGACAACUCGCAUUUCAACGGUGGCAAUCCGGCGGCCGACUACAGCGAGGGCGCCUCGCACGUGCUGGCAGUGAUACAUCAAAUACUCGGCCACCACCGGGCGCUGGAGAGCAAGUGGCACGCGGGCAAGCUGCGGCUACACCAGAAGCUCGCGCUCCGCCUCUUCCAGGAGGACGUGAAGCAGGUGCUGGACUGGCUGCAGAACCACGGUGACGUGUUUCUGCGAAAGAACAGGGGCAUCGGCAAGAGCCUGCAGAAGGCCCGCAUCUACCAGACGAGCCACGAGCACUUCGAGAAUGUCGCGCAAAACACGUACCGCAACGCGGAGAAGCUGCUGGCGGCGGCGGAAGAGCUGGCCCGGUCGGGCGAGGUGUCACCGCAGGAGAUUUUCUCCGUCGCGCAGGAGCUGGAAACGAACGUGGCGUCGUUUGCGGAGCGGGUCGAGAAGCGGCGCCGGCGGCUCGAUCUCGCCGUGGUGUUCUACUCGAACGAGAAGGAAAUCUCGGCCUGGCAGGAGCAGCUGCACGCGGAGGUGACGAACGAGGAGUCGCUCGAGCUGGCGAACGAGCAUCUCGAGGGCACGGAGCGUAUGCUGGAGCAGUGCAAGGAGCAGGAGGAAAACACGCUCAAAACGUGCAUGCAGGCGAUCGCGCAGGGCGAAGCGCUGCUGCAGGAGCUGCGCGCGAUCGAGGAGGAGGACAGCUCCGGGUCGCUGACGGCGGUGCAGAACGCGCUCGAUCGCAUACAGAAGAACCGGCUCGACCUGGAGGGGCUGUGGCAGACGCGCCGCAUGAAGAUCGAUCUGUACCUGCGGCUGCGCAUCUUCGAGCGCGAUGCGCUCGAGGUGUCGUCCCAGCUGGAGAUGUGGUCGGAGGAGCUGCAGCACACGGAGGUGUCGCGCGACUUCCAGAAGACGGAGCAGUUCCUGCGUCUGCACAACGAGUCGGUCAACCAGAUGCAGACGACGACGUACCAGGUGAUGAACCAGGGGCACGAGCUGAUGCAGCUGUUCGAAUCGUCCGGGCUGCUGAUCAUGGCGGACGCGAACCACACCGCCCAGACGCGGGUCCAGUGCCUGCUAGAGUUUCUGCACGACCGCGAGCUCGACCUGGAGGAUAUGGCGGAGGCGAAGCGCAUCAAGCUCGAGCAGUCGAUGCAGCUGUGCCACUUCCAGAACGACGCGAACCAAGUGAUCUCGUGGAUCCGGAACGGGGAGGCGAUGCUGAUGGCCAACUUUUCCAUCCCGAACAACUUCCAGGAGGCGGAGCAGCUGCGCAAGGAGCACGAGCAGUUCCAGGUGGCGAUCGAGCGCACGCACACGUCCGCGGUGCAGGUGAAGUACCGGGCCGAUGCGCUGAUGAACGCGAACCACUACGAUCCGCAGAGCAUCAAGGACAUUGCGGAGGACGUGACGAAGAAGUGGCAGAAGCUGGUGACGUGCGCGGAGGAGCGCCACAAGCUGGUGACGGCGUCGCAGAACUUUUUCAAGACGGCCGAGCAGGUGUGCAGCGUGCUCGACAGCCUGGAGAAGGAGUACCGGCGGGAGGAGGACUGGUGCGGUGGCGGCGGCUCCACCGACAAGGGCCAGCAGAUAGUGCAGCUGAUCUCGAAGCACCAGGAGCAGAAGGAAGCGUUCCUGAAGGCGUGCACGCUGGCGCGCCGCACGGCGGAAACGUUCCUGAAGUACGCGAACCGUUCGCUGCAGUUCUAUCACGUCAAGCCGACGACGGUGAACAGCGAGUCGCGGGUGAAAUCGAUCCUCGAGAAGCUGCUCGCGCAGGAAACGCAGGUGCUCGAGUACUGGACGCAGCGCAAGAAGCGGCUGGACCAGUGCCAGCAGUUUGUGCUGUUCGAGCGGUCGGCCAAGCAGGCGAUCGAGUGGAUACACGACACGGGCGAGGCGUACCUGUCCUCGCGCAAGAACAAGCUGUGCUCGAGCCGGGAGGAGUCGGAGCUGCUGCUGCGCGAGCACAACGAGUUCAAGAGCACGGCGAAGGAGACGCGCGAGCGGGUGAAGCUGCUGAUACAGCUGGCGGACACGCUGGUGGAGAAGGGCCAUGCGCACGCGAGCUCGAUCAAGCAGUGGGUCGCGACGGUCGACUACCGCUACAAGGACUUCAGCCAGCGGAUGGAGAUCUACCGCUCGAAUCUGGAGAAAUCUCUAGGCCUACCUGGUAUCAUACAGCAACAGGAUGACAAUAACCUUAGCAGUAGCAAUAGCAGUAACAAUAGUAGUAACAGUAGUCUUAACGCGGGCCGCUCCCUUUCCUCGGCCAACUCCAGCUCGGGCAUCUCGUCGGGCUCGGGAUCGUACGCGAGCGUGAUUGCGGUGGGCGGCGCAUCGCCCGUACCGGCGGGCGGUGUGACCGGUGGCAGCAAUGGGGAUGGCAGCAGUAGCAGCGGUCCCUGCUCGACCAGCUCAACAGGCACGUCCGCAGGGUCCGCGGGUGGCUCGGUGCUCGAGUAUCGCCAUUCCGACCCAUCGCUCGAGACAAAGCUGAACGCGGCGGCGGCGGGGGCGGGCGCGGUCGGCGCCGUGCAGAAAGAAAUCAACGAGGAGAAGCGCAAAUCGGCGCGCAAGAAGGAGUUCAUCAUGGCGGAGCUGCUGCAGACCGAGCGCACGUACGUGAAGGAUCUCGAGACGUGCAUCAGCGUGUUUCUGCGCGAGCUCAAGAGCGGCCAGCAGGUGCCGCCGAACCUGGUCGGCCGCGAGCACAUCCUGUUCGCGAACAUCGAGGACAUCUACCAGUUCCACGAGAAGAUCUUUCUGCGCGAGCUGGAAAAGUACGAAACGAUGCCGGAGGACGUCGGUCACUGCUUCGUGACGUGGGCGACCAAGUUCGACAUGUACGUGCACUACUGCCAGAACAAGCCGCAGUCGAUGGACUACAUGGUGCAGCACGGCGGCACCUACUUCGACGAGGUGCAGCGCAAGCACAAGCUGGAGCAUUCGCUGCCGGCGUACCUGAUCAAGCCGGUGCAGCGCAUCACCAAGUACCAGCUGCUGCUGAAGGAUCUGCAGUCGUGCUGCGACGAGGGCCGGGGCGAGAUCAAGGACGGGCUGGAGGUGAUGCUGAACGUGCCGAAGAAGGCGAACGACGUGAUGCACCUGUCGCUGCUGGAGCAGUGCGACAUGCCGAUCGACAACCUCGGCGACGUGGUGCUGCAGGACUCGUUCCUCGUGUGGGACACCAAGCAGAUACUGAUCAAGAAGGGCCGCGAGCGGCACGUCUUCCUGUUCGAGCUGUACAUACUGUUCUCGAAGGAGGUGAAGGACACCAACGGUACCGUGAAGUACAUCUACAAAAACAAGCUGCUCACAUCCGACUUUGGCGUAACGGAACACAUCGAAGGGGACGAGUGCAAGUUUGCCAUCUGGACCGGACGAGCCCCGAUCCUGUCCGACUAUCGCAUCGUGCUCAAGGCGAACAGCCUCGAGACGAAGCAGCUGUGGGUGAAGCGAAUGCGCGAGGUCAUGCAGGAGACGUACUUCUCCGGCACUUCGUUUUCGCUGCUCAAAUCGCCGGCCAAGGUCAGCGGCAAGAACUUGGGCCAGCGGCUUUCGAAGGACAUCGACGAUACGCUGAACGACAACGAUCAGGACGGCAGCUCGCUGGCAAGCUUCGGGUCCGGCAACACGACCGACAGUGAGAAGGGCGGAUUAGCGGAGAUGACAUGGGUCAUAGCGGACCAUACGGCAGCCCCGGGCACGUCCGAGCUGAGCGUCAGCAAAGGUCAGCAGGUCGAAAUCGUCGACAUGAACUGUUCGGGCGCGCCCGACUACUGCCUGGUGCGUCUGUCGAUCAACGCGUCCGACAGCCAGGAAGGGCUGGUACCGGUGACCGUCCUGAAGCCGCUGCCCUCCUCCCACAGCAAAUUGAACAAUAAACAGCGCGACACGGACACCCUGGGAGAAGUCCCACAGGAAAGUGAUUGCAUACUACCGAACCAGCAUACGUCGCCCGUCAACAAACGGAAAGGCUUCAGCGGGAAAAAAUGGCUCCCGACACAGUUCCGGAAGCUGUCGCACGGCAAAUCGGAUAAGCUACCACCGGUGGAGAAGACGCUCAUCAGCAAGAAGGGCUCCGAUAAGAAGGUUAAGCCCAACCAGCAGGAAAAACCGCCGGAAGAGCAGGAAUCGUCGGCGGCCGCCUCCGCCGCCCAGCUAGAGCCGGAGGAUGAGGAAGCGACAGCGAUCGAGCUGCCGCCGCCGAUGAAACCGAUACAGGACACGGCAUCCGCCCUGAGCGGCGCCUCCGUGGUGCCGUCCUCCGCCGAGGAUGCUGCCGCCGGCUCGGCGAACAAAAUCACCAAGGCCAUGUCGCUGAAGUCGCUGGAAGAGCCGGUCGGUGCGCAGCCGCCCGCCGAUCUGGCCGAGAUCGAGCAGUUCGUGAAGGCGAAGGUGGAAAGCUUAAAGUAUCUCGACAAUGACGGUGGCGUUGGCAGCAGCAGCAGCAGCAGUGCCGCGGCCGCGCUCGCGAUGGGACUGAUGGUCGGUGACGGGAGCGGUAGCUCUGGCACGAUCGCACUGAACGGUGGGCACACGAUCGCCAAACCGGCCAUCUCGCCCCAGUUCUCGGAGAACGAGGCGGCCGACGAUACGCUGACCGAGGAGCAGUGCAUCGAGGACAUACUGCGGAAGCGAAACUAUGCGCUGCGCGAGCUGCUCACCACCGAGGAAGCGUACGUGAAUGAUCUGUCGCAGAUCGUGAAUGGAUACAUAGCGGAGAUACGUAACCCGGCCAGCACGGUACUGAUCCCGGACGAUCUGAAGGGUGGCAAGGAGCGGAUGGUAUUUGGCAACAUUGAAGCAAUAUACGAGUGGCACAGAGAUCAUUUUCUCAAAGCGUUGCAAAAGUGUCUACAGAACCCGUACGAGCUUGGGCCGCUGAUCAAGCGGAGCGAACGGAAGCUGCACAUGUACGUCGUCUACUGUCAGAACAAACCGGUCUCGGAGCACAUCGUGCAGGAGCAUAUGAGUUACUUCGAUGAAUUACGCUUAAAAUUAAAGUAUAAACUAUGUUUAGGAGAUAUGCUCAUCAAACCAGUCCAAAGAAUAAUGAAGUACGAGUUACUGUUGAAAGAUAUCCUGAAGCAUACUCUGCGGGCCGGUCUCACCGAGGAAGUACCAGGAUUGAAGGAAGCGAUGCAUAUAAUGCAAGUAGUUCCUAAGGCUGCCAACGAUAUGAUGGACGUUGGUCGGUUACAAAAGUUUGAGGGUAAAAUAACGACACAGGGCAAACUGCUGCUGCACGGCCCGCUGUACUGUGUCGAGGGUGCCUCGAGUAGUGAUAAGAAUUCGUACAACUCCCAGAAACCGAAGGAGCUGCACGUGUUUCUGUUCGAGCAGAACAUCAUCUUUGCCGAGAUCGUCGGAAAGAAAACGCAGUUCACCAGUCCAAACUACAUCUACAAGGCGCAUAUUCAGGUGAACAAAAUGACGCUACAGGAUCUUUCCGACCAGACGAAUGGCAAUCGGUUCUCGCUUUGCUCAAUCGACCCGCAACGUUCCAGUCUUAGCUAUAUCUGCACGGCACCGACACCGGAGCUGCACAGCGAGUGGCUCAACACGAUACACGAGAUACUGAAAACGCAGAACGAUUUCCUCAAAGCGCUCGUCAGCCCGAUCGCUUACCAAAAGGAGCUGACGAAGGAUUCCUAAGCGGCCGGGAUGGCCGCUCUUCCGCUUCCAAAUUCCAUCUACUGCCGGUGUGACCGGUGGGUGUGUUAUUACAGGCCUAUUAUUUUGCUCGCAUGACAUUCGAUCGAGAUUCCGUCGGAAGCACUCGAGCGGGAGAAAAUUUGGUAUCGUUUUCGCCAUUCGAGUCGAUUUUUCGUCGGCGUUCGAGGUUUCGUCGGCAUUUUUGUUUGUUGCACCUGUGUGUUUGACAGUUGGCAAUAUAAAAGGCCUGUUAGCGUUGGUUCUGCGAAUUUCCCCCAAUUUCUGGUACGGUACGGUACGCGUUGUACCAGGUACAACGGUUUUCUGUUUUAUUCAGCCACGAACAAGCAAGUAGUGAGCACCCGAAAAGCCCCCAUUUGGGAUCAUUACGAGUAUUAUUUAUUUUAUACGAGAUUUUUUGUAGUGUGGUCCGUCUAUUUUCCCCCCGAACAAGAAAGCUUUCAAUUCAUUUAUUUAUAUAGACAAAGUCAAGCAUCAUACAGACACAUACGCCGGGCGCCGUACGGCAACGGUAGCAGCUAAUUGCAUGCAGCAAAUUGAAUUUGCCUAAAAAUGAGGAAAAUGUGCAACAUCACACAAGUUAAGAUAUAUACAAUAAGCAGAAAAGGAAACCCAUCAGAACUAUUACGGUUAAUAGCAUUCUAAAGCAGCUACGGAACUAUGGCAGAACAAAGUAUCAAGAAGUGAACAAAGAGUGUGCGAAGGCAGCAAAUAAAAAAAACAUUAAAGCAAAUUACUCUGUAAAACCACGUGUGGACGUUCAUCUUUCGCGCUUGCCACCAUCCGCCGAAACACAUCCACACACAUCCACUCAAUAAGCCUGAAAGCUUAUACACGAACAAAACUGGAACAAAGGAAGAACGGUAACAAAAGGGCGCGCUACAUCCGUUUUAAAAAUACAAAAGCAGAUAAAAUAAUACAAUACCAAACUUUACUCGCUAAAAUCAGUAAAUGAUGCGAUUAAUGAUAGAAAUUCGCACUGGGGCGAUAACCGCAAAACCAAUGGCUUAAUAUAUCUUAGUCGCAAAGUGGUUACACAAUGGGAAAUGCUCCAAGCGAGAGAGAGAGAGAGAGAGCAUCGAAGCGAUAAAGGAAAAUAGAGGGAAAAGAACUCGCAAAAGCAAAUCGACACGAGAGCAAUUGCAACAGCAGCAGUAUAAAGGAAGAAGAAAAAUAAGUAACAACAGUAAUAUUAGAAUAGAAGAAUAUCGAUUACAUACACACAAACACAAGAAAAGAUACAAAAACAAACAAAGCAAACAAAGCAAAGUAUAUAUUUUAUGAAUAUGAUUAUUAAAGGAAUAUCCUACAUUAGGGAUAGGCAGCAAGCAAUGUACACACAAGGUUGCAAAUCCAGACGCAAACAGACUCUGGGAAACAUAUGAAUAGAAAUUCCCCCGAGCAGACAGAAGUGGGAGGGGUGGGAAAGCAAUUGAACAUCACCGAAAAAGACGGCGAAGAAAAACAAAGGAGAAGGAAAAACAUAGAUAAAAAGAAUGAAAACAAAUGAAAGAGAGGGAAGAAUCCAGAAGAAUGAGGAGAAGAAAAAAACAAAACCAGAUUUUGCAGCACAGCAAAACAUAUUUUUGAUAUUUUGUCGUUUUUUGUGCUCCCUUUUAGUAAUUUGACGAAGAUAACAAAAGGUCACCCCCACAUCACAAGGUAGUGUUGGUAGAAAGAAAUAUCUAAGAAGAAGAGAUUGUGUAAGGGCAAAUGGAAAAGAAAAAACAAUCGAUACUGGUACACGUUUGCCAUUACAGCCCAAGAAAGGCAAAAAAAGGGUUUCGCAGGUUUCGCAAGGCGAUUUUUUGAUGCGCACAUUGUAGAGAUGGCUAAAAAAAGGAGGGUGGCUGUUCACACGUGUCACGUUUCCCCACGCAUGGAAAACCGGCAAGAAAGUAGAGGGAAACAAAGUUGGAUUUUGAUAUUAUCCUUCGGCCCAUUGGCCAAUGGGGAGGGGCCAUUGUUUCUCUGGCAUGGUGAAUAAGUAACUCUGUACGAUUUCCAUUUUCCCCCCUCUUUGUGCGUUUCUUGAUUGGAGAUUUUCUUACACACAGGGGGGAGGGCAGCCCCAUGCGCUCGUCGAACAAAACUGAUCGAGUUGCGAGGCGAAACAGACUGAGAAUAAUGCUGCAAAAAAGGGGUAGCUAAUUGCACCACUAUUCGAUUCGAUUUGUGUUACUAUUAACAUGUUUCCUUGUUUUGUUUCAACAGGCAGGAGAGGAAAGAAUGGAAAAAACGCCUGCUUUCCCUUUAGGGGUGUUAAUGUAUAAUUUAUGUAAAAAAAAAAAAACGAAAACAUCCUACAAGUGUACUACAAGCUUUAUUACUUCAAAUGCUUUUAUCAAUAUGUAAUAGUUUUAGACGCGUCUCAGUAGAGAGGUGUAUACUUUAUUUAAGCUUUCAGUUUUUGCGUCUUCUUUUAAACGAGCUGUUGUUUUUAUUUGUAUUAAAACAUGAACAGGUAUCAGAAAAAGGGUCUAUUUUUAGGUACUAAAACGUUAUAACGUACUAUUAUUCUUUUCCCCCUAAAUUGUUUUGCCUAGCAUUUGUACUGCUUCGUGUUCAGUUGUACAUUUGGAGAAAACAGAAACGAACAAAAAAAACGAGCCAUUUCAAAAUUUUAUUGCAUUAUGGUAUUUAGUUGGAUGAGAGACCCCUGUGAUGAAGAAAAUUAACAACAUGGAAACUGUUAUUCAUUUCGGUUAGUUUUACAUACUUUGGCAAGCAAAGCGAGACGGAAGGGAGCAAUAUAGCUUUUCUAUCUUUUCAUGAUUUGGCUUUCAUGUACGAAACGGCUUUUUGUGUAUGUUUCAUGCGUGAAAUUUGCUUUCUUCAGUACCACCACCACCCACCCGCAACGAAAUGAGAAAAAGUGUCUAAUGUGUGAGCGUUUCCCACAAACAAUUGCAGCUAAAGUGCAGCUCUAAUACACAUAAACACACACAGCACUCUGAUUGAAAGUGCUCGCAGAAGUGUGCAAAAGAUUAAAAUAAGUAAAGUAAUCGAAACAGCAGGCAGCCGCCGCCCGGGGGCAAAAGCAGAGAGAAGCGAGCGUGUGCCGCACAAAACAAAACAUAUUAGCGGCGAGAUCAGAGCAAAUCGGAGUUACUGGACAAAAGGAGAAGGAAGAAGAAGAAAAAAACAUUUGUGUGAUAAUAUAUAAUAGUAAUAUGUUGUAAUGUUUAAUUUAUAACAAUAAUCCCUCUAUCCCCUUUAGUGGCGACAACAAAUUGCGGGCGCCCGCGUGAGGUCGAGAAAGCCUCCUACCUACCUACCUAAACCUACCUAGCAUGUACUCUCUAUCUCUCUCUCUCUACCUACUUUCCCUGGGUUCUCUGUUGACUACUAAUCAAAGUAUGCAACGCCCCGGUAUCGAACCGUGUGCGCGGUGUUGCGUAUGGUAGGAAAAGCGCAAGCGAGUUGCGCGAACAAAACGGAUCUAUGUAAAAUAGUACAGAAAAAAGUGUGAGAACAUAAUAAAAACGUGCGAACCCCCUUAAGAAGGAUGAAAUGCAAGAAAGAAAGAGAGAGAGAGAGAGUAAUAAAAAUAAAAAGAAAAAUAUACACAAAAUCAAGCAGCAGUAACUGGAAGCAUAAAGCUGAUCAAAAGUGAGAGAAGAAGCAUUACUGUACAUGUAAGGUGUGUUGUACAUUGCGUUGAAAUCAAAAGAGAAAAGUGUAGUACCACCCUCCUCACCCGGUGUCACGAGCGAACGAGUACGAGUACGAGGCGGAAGUGCGAAAACUCUUCACCGUUCGCCGGAAUUAGAGUAAACAUUGGGAUAGCUUAAUUCAAUCCGCGAGCAAUGCAGAGAUAAGGGAUAUACAGAACGGUGGAGAAAAGGGAAAGGCAAAUGAAUAAGAAACAUGCGCUAAUACUACACGCAACCGAUCAGAUCAGAGAGAUAAAUAAAAUCAUACAAAAACUGAUUCCAGAAAUGAAA